UGUAGGCAUUAAUUGUAAUCAUUCGGUAAAAAUUUCUAAAUUAUUUUAAUUCCUUCGAACUUACAAAUAUUUUUCAGCACAAAAUUCAAUAUUAUAUAUCUAAAACCAAGUACUUUAAACAUAUAAAAAUUUAUUAAUUAGUAACAACAUUUUUAUGAUUCUAAAUUAACUAUGCAUUUGUAUUCAAUUAUGAGAUGUGAUUAGAUCAAUUAGGAGAUUAUGUGAGAUUACUUUUAAAGGAACAUAUAAGCAGUGAAGCGAACACAAAAGACAGCAACUUUAUUUUGAAAGAAAGAUUUCAAAGCUUCAUUCGGUCAUUUCGCAACAUUUAAAAUUUUCCAUCAAUAAAAUUCAUUGAACAAAUAGAUAUUUUAAUGACAGUUCAACAAUAAACUUAUGGAAUGACAUUCAAGCUUCAACCUUCAGUAAAUAAAAUAAAAAUUUAAAAAAUCCUAAUUAGCAACUGACUUUUAAAUGAACACUGUAUACUAUAUAGAAAAACAUUGCUAUAAUUACGUCGAAUAGUGCUUUAAAUAUAUAUUCACACACACACACACACACCAAAAGAAGAGAUUCGUUACAUUCAGAGAAUAUUUCCAUUCGAAAUUGGAAAGCAACAUACUAUGCCUGACUCGAAAGCACGAUGGUCAUCUUUACCUGUAUCUUCGUAUUGCUCACCGUCGUCUUGAGUGCAUUGUCCACUGUCUCCCUGACCUUCAGCCUACUUUCGAAUGAGUGGGAGACAGUCACCUACAAAAUGGAAGGGGUGGAAGAAGUGGCAAGACUCAAAAACCACACCCUGCAAUGGUUGCCACAAGAACUAGGAAGGCUUGAAAUACCAGAAGACCAAUUGGACAAAUACGAAGACAAAUCGAAGACAAAUACGAAGAAGAUGGUCGUGGUGUAUCUUGUGCCAGCUUAUGGUGGCGUUAACAAUUUAUGCCCCAACAUUACAGAUGCUGCCAAAAUUUUAACAAAAAAAGAUGGCUACGAUUUCGACAAUUGUAUAUCGUACCUCUCAACUGAAAAAAUUCUAUCCAGAGACUCUUGGCUUGAUAGAAUGCGGAACCUGGCCAUGUCAUGUGCCAUGGUAUGUCUCAUCUUAUUGGCUUUUUCUGCACCCCUCGGUCUCUUAGGUCUCUUCAAGAAACAGAUCAGCACCAUAAUGGUCACAGGUGUUAUGUACAUACUCGCAGGAGUUUUUGGAGUCUUCAACCUUGUCUUCAUGCACUUCAAACGUGUAAAGUCGGAUGGAUUUUACACCAGCACCGUUCUUGAUCACAAUUUAUCAGAAGAUUAUAUGAAGCACAGAAUCUUCACAGUGGGUUGGCCUCCAACGGCUGAAUGGGCAGGCCUCAUUCUAUGUCUACUUGCAAGCCUCUUUUGGUUGCUUCUUGCCAAGAUCUACAGGUUCCAGAUACUCAGUCCAACAUAAAACUGGCCUGCCAAUGGCCUUGAAAUAUAUGCGGAGUUUAAGUGGGAAAUAUAAUUUCCCAUACAACUUCUAAAAAUACAAACGGAUGGCUGCUAUGACAAAAAAAAAUCUGGACUUGAAAUUCUGACGAGAAUAAUUUUGAUUCGAUGAUUCAUUAUCACAAUUUUUCUUCUACUUAUUGCACAGAAUGAACAGAGGUGAACUUCAUUUAGUGAGAAUUUUCUGCACAGAUGAAACUUUUGUACAGAUGAGAUUUCAUUUAAAUAAAUAAGACUCUCAAUAAGGCAGUACUAUAACCUUCACUUGAAAUAAAUCUUCAUUUUCAAGCCCCUUCAAAUUUCAAGUUCUUUACAUGCUGUUUUGCUUAACAUCUGGAUACAGCUCCAAACACCAUACAAAAUUUGA